AUGCGUCUUCAUCAAAUUCUUUCUCUCGUCUCGCUCCUGUCAUCUAGCACUCUAGCCAAAAUAGCUGCAAAGACCCAGGCUAGCUACGUUGACUGGAAGUCUUUCAAGGCUACGGGCGUCAACCUCGGUGGAUGGCUCGCCCAAGAAGCUGUUAUCGACCCUAUCUUCUGGAGCCAGAACUGCGGUAACACGACCGAUGAAUGGACCUGCUGUGCCCAACUUGGAUCGCAAUGUGGACCAGUACUUGAGCGCCGAUACGCCACCUACAUCCAGCCUGCGGACAUCGACGAUCUAGCUGCUCACGGUAUCGCUCUGCUUCGGAUUCCCACCACGUACGCAGCAUGGCUCAAGAUUCCAGGAAGCCAACUGUACUCCGGCAAUCAGCUUUCCUUUCUCAAGAAUAUAGCGACUUACGCUAUCUCCAAGUACAAUAUGCACAUCGUUGUGGAUCUCCACUCCCUCCCUGGCGGUGUAAACGGCAUGGGUUUCGGCGAAGCUGAAGGCCACUUCGGGUGGUUUAAUAACCAGACCAACCUCGACUACUCGCUGAAAGCGGUGGAUGCCGCUAUCGCAUUCAUCCACAACUCUGGAUCUCCACAGUCAUACACUUUCGAGCCUAUCAACGAACCAGUCGAUAACCCGGAUCUGCCGACCUUCGGGAGCCCUGCAGCUUUGAGCGAGAACGGAGCGGCAUGGACCUUGAAGUACAUCAACGCAGUCAUUGCCAAAGUCACGGCCGCAAACCCAAAACUCCCGAUCAUGUUCCAGGGCAGCUUCAAGGGCGAAGCAUACUGGUCUCCCAAGUUCUCCGCUAGUACCAACCUGGUCUUCGACGUCCAUAACUAUUACUUUGCCGGACGACCUACGGAUUCCGAUACAGUCACUAUAGAUAUAUGCUCUGAUGCUAAAGCUUCUGCCGGGGAUGGCAAGUUUCCUGUGUUUGUGGGUGAGUGGUCCAUCCAGACCGCGACGAAUAACCGGUUUGCAAACCGUGGAAAGAACCUCAACACGGGACUGUACGCAUUUGGCAAAUACACGCAGGGGAGUGCUUAUUGGACAGCGAAGUUCUUUGGAAACGUUCCUGUUGAGGGCGAGGGGGUGCAGGGUGAUUAUUGGAACUAUCAGCGUUUAAUUGAGCUUGGGAUUAUCAAUCCUGCUGAAGGACAGAAAUACUGUACCUGA